AUGUCAAGUGACAAGUUAUCUGCCCUGGAGAAGAACCAGGUGCUCGUCGAUGAGAUCGACGGUAUUUCUGGUGAAUAUGAGUCCGAGUUUCAGGAGCCCACACCAGAAGAAGCAAGCACUCUCAAAAGAGUGAUCGGUUAUCCCAAGUGGUACAUAUACUUCAUUUGUUUGAUCGAGUUCUCUGAAAGAGCCUCCUAUUACGGUACAGGUGACCGUCUUUAUAAUUUUAUCCAGCAACCUCUUCCUACAGGCGGUAGUGGUACUGGUGCGCCACCUAAAGGCUCUGAUCAAUCAGCAGGUGCACUAGGGAUGGGACUGCAAACAGCUACAGCUCUUACCUUGCUGUUGACAUUUUUGGCUUAUUGUUUCCCACUGUUCACAGGUUACGUUGCCGAUAAGUACUGGGGCCGUAUGAAGAUGCUAUGGGUUGGUGUUAUUUUUGGUAUCAUCUCUCAUGUUAUUUUCAUUAUCGGUGCCAUUCCUUCGGUUUUAGCGAAAGGCCAGUCUGCAUUGGCACCUUGUAUCAUUGGUAUUAUUACGUUGGCCGUGUCUACCUCUUUUGUUAAACCAGUCCUAUUGCCUACCUUGCUAUCUCAGUAUCCACAUGAAACCGAUGUUGUCAAGGUGCUACCCUCAGGUGAACGUGUUAUUGUUGAUCGUGAUGCAAGCCUUCAGCGGAUGACGAUGACAUUUUAUUGGAGUAUCAACAUUGGUGGUUUCAUGUCUCUGGCUACCAGUUAUUGUGCCAAGGAUAUCGGUUAUUGGUUAGCCUACCUUAUUCCCUUGAUCCUUUAUUUGAUUAUGCCAAUUGUGCUACUUUUCCUUGGUAGGGUGAUCAAGGACGAGCCUCCAUCAGGCCAAUCUUUGCUUGCAGACUGUUUGAAAGUACUUAAGGUUUGUUUUGAGGGUAAUUGGGUCAGAAGAUACAGAAAUGGUCAAUUUUGGGAGUAUGCUAAACCCUCAAACCUACGUAAGAUGGGUAGGCAAGGCUGGAGAAAGAACAAGCCUGGUUUUUACAAGGAUUCUUUAGUCCAAGAUACUAAGAUCACCAUUGGAGCCUCUGCCAUCUUCCUCUAUUACGUUAUUUACAACAUCAAUGAUGGUGGUAUUGGUUCUAUUGUAACUUCUCAAACCGCAUCUAUGACCAGUAACGGCGUUCCUAAUGACUUGAUUAACAACUUCAAUCCUCUUGCUAUCAUCGUUCUCAUGCCUGUUCUUGAUUAUUUGGUUUACCCCCUUUUGAGAAGGCUCAGAAUCAACUUCAAACCAGUUUACAGGAUUUUCGCCGGUUUCAUGGUAGCAUCGUGUGCCAGUGUUGCAGGUGCGGUAAUUCAGUACCGUAUUUAUCAAACCAGUCCAUGUGGCUACUAUUCGACUAACUGUGCCAAUGAGGGAAAUGGUGUGUCUCCAAUCUCCAUGUGGGAGGUCGUUUCAGAGUACACGCUGACUGGUUUCAGCGAAUGUCUUGCUAUGACUACCGGUUACGAGAUUGCCUUUGAAAGAUCACCUCCACAUAUGAAAAGUUUCGUGAUGGCGCUAUUUUUGUUCACCAGUGCUCUUUCUGCGGCUCUGGGUGAAAUUGUCACUCCUUCUCUACAAGAUCCUCACUUGAUCAUUCCUUUUGCCGUCCUUGCAGGUCUUGGUGCUAUCUUCGCGGUCUUGUUCUUGUGGAGAUACUGGGACUUGGAUAAGGUCAUGGAACAAGAGAGACUCGAAAGACUGGAGUUCAAUCUGGCUGAAGUCACGGGCGUCUACUCCGCGGACGAGAUUGUCGGAGGCAACGAAAAAGUUUUGGACCAUGAUUUGGAUCAUGCAAUUAGCGUAACGAGUGCUGUUGGAACCAAAGUUCAUAAAUAG